UUCGAUCAUACGCUGAUACGUUUAGGAUUUCAUUUCAGAGUCUCUUUCAUUCGGUCCAACUAGACCGAGCAUGAUCCGAGCUCUCGUUCAGUGUAAUGAGUUUCUAUUCGAUUAUUUAAGCAAGCGUAGACUGUAAUAGUCUAGUAAAAUUAUUUAAAGUUUCAGCGCAAUGUGUUUUUGUUCAAAGCUUUCUUACGUAACGCGAACUAAAAGUUGUAAAAACAAAAAUAUAUCAUGAUGAUAGAAAAAAGGAAACACUGACGAUUUUAUACGACGUAUUUUUAUCAUGUUAUUUAUUUUUUGCUCAAUCAGGAUCUCCCGUAACAUAUGUCUAUCAUCGUUGAAACUGUCUAUCGCUCCAUAUUCUACCGAGGCUACAUCAAGCGUAAAGAAAUUAUCCCGUACACAGAAAUACCGAUGUUUAUUAGACACAAAAAAUGUCAAAAAUCAGAAGAUAUCACCUAACUUUGUUACAUCGUUUGAUCACCAAAAGCCUACCCAAUGUGUAGAUAUAACGAACAAUGAAAAGCAAAAGAAUUUAUAUAUACAAAAUAAACAAGAAUGGCAGUGUAUAAAAUUAGAUUCUGGCAAACUUCGAAAACAUUGUUUCAUGUUAUCUAAGAUACGGUUAACAUCUUUGGUAGUUGUAACAACCAUGGCUGGAUAUGCAUUAGCACCAGGGCCUUUCGAUGCUUUUACAUUUGUCGCAUGUUCUAUGGGUACUGGAUUAGUGUCUGCAACAGCAAAUGCUAUCAAUCAAUUUUUUGAAGUUCCGUUUGAUGCACAGAUGUCAAGAACAAAGAACAGAGUGUUGGUUAGAGGUUACUUAACUAGACCCGGCCAUGCAAUAAUGUUUGCAACGGUAUCUGGCUUCAGUGGAUUAUUAUUAUUAUAUACCCAAGUUAAUGGAUUAACAGCUACUUUGGGAGCAGCUAAUCUGCUACUGUACACUCUUAUUUACACUCCUAUGAAACGCAUUAGUAUUCUAAAUACUUGGGUGGGUUCCAUAGUUGGAGCCAUACCACCAUUAAUGGGUUGGGCAUCUUGUGUUGGCAAUAUAAUAUCUCCAGGUGCUUGGAUAAUGUCUGGUCUAUUAUAUGCAUGGCAGUUUCCUCAUUUCAAUGCUUUAUCAUGGAAUUUGAGGCCGGAUUAUUCACGUGCCGGUUAUAGAAUGAUGGCAGUCACGAAUCCAAAGCUUUGUCGUAAAACAGCAUUACGUUAUACCGCUGCAUUAAUGGGUCUUUGUUAUUUAGCACCAGUUUGUGAUGUAACAAAUUAUUGGUUUGCCUUGUUAUCGACACCACUUAAUGCAUAUUUUCUUUACCUUGCUUGGGAAUUUCACAAGCACUCUGAUAGUAAAAGUUCUCGCAAACUGUUUCAUUUUUCAUUGAUUCAUUUACCUGUUCUUAUAGUUCUUAUGCUUAUAAAUAAGAAACAGUGGUAUAGUGAUGACAAUGGACGGAGAGAUAUGAUACCUUCCGAAGAAAAAGGCGAUAUUUACACAGUUUUAAUGAAAACGAUUGCAUCGACAUUUUCGAGCACUUAAUAAACUACCUUGAAAUUUACGUCAUGAUACUAUAGGAAUCAUAAUAAGCUCUUUUGUAUAUUCUCCUCUGGAAGAUGACGUAUAUAUGGUUGGCACAACCAGGGAGGUAGUUUUAAAUUAUGAUCUGGAAUAUAGAAUGCAACCAGAAGGAAAGUGGAUGUAUAUAUGCCAUACAAAUGAAGAAUAAUGUAUAUAAUGGAAUAUAAUAUAAUCGAAUAUAGUGGUAGAGCCUACGAACCGGACAUUUCUUCCUGCCAAAUUAAACGACCUUCGUGAUAAGGCAGAUACCGAUCCCUCAAAGCGUAUACGACGUUUCUGAAGGAUUCCAUGGUAGAGUUUCGGGCCAAAUUUUCUCUCUCUUCUUUAUUUUCUGCUAAACAAAGUCUACUCUCUAGUUAAAAGAACGCUGAAUGCAUAAGUCGAUUUGUAAUUUCGAAAAUUACUUAUAUAAUAUACAUAGAGAUUGAAAAUAAACAGAAGCUACAAAUAAUUGAUUUUUCAUA